GCUUUCUUGUCGCGCGCAUCGAUAAGCGUGUGUUGUUGUACACUCGUGCUUGUCGUGUUCUCUCGCUUCAUCUCUCUCACACUCGCUGUUGCGCCUACUCUCGCCCGCGUGUGUUGCCAAUGUGCAUCAGAAAUUAAAUAAUAUCCAAAGAUUCAAGACGUGCGUCUCCCACAAUAAAAUUAAAUAUCGUUCGGAAAAUCCCCUCGAGCGCUUUAGAGGAGACGCUAGAUUGUGAAAUCGAUAAAAGCUGGCUGCAUAAAAGCGCUUGCAUCACGCUAACUGGGCUUCAUUUUGGACAAGAUCAACCCAGGGCCAACAGCUCCUUUAUUGUGGCUUUCCAGGAAACCUUGCUCUUGCAACGGUUCAAUAAAAAAACGAAGAAAAGCAAAGCGACUAAUUGAAGUGCCUCUCUGGGUCUGGUGUCUGUUUCGACGACAACGUGAAAAGGAAACAAACAAAGCGGAAUAAGCAACACAUUGAAAAAGGCGGCUGAAAACAUUUAUAAACAACAACAACAACAAUUAAGACACAGACAACUACAAGUAUACAACGACACAAACAGCAGCUUCGACACCAACUACGAUAAUAACAAUACAAAAAAAAAAUAAUAAAAAAAGCAGUCACAAAAACAACAUUAACAAAGACAAAUAAAGCCCGGUAAUAAUUUUAGUCGUACCAGUUUGUUUAUUAAAUAUACUACACACACAAUCAAACAAACACACGCCGGGCGGUCAAAUCAGUUGUGUAAAUCGACUACCAGUUACCCUGUAAAUAUUAACUCUAAUUACAUACUUGAAAAAGUUAAACCCCUGGACAUUAACAUGCCUCCCUUUUGGUGGAAACUACUUAAAAUCAUGUUGCUGCUCUUCGCACUCUUCACAACGAUAGUUUGUAUCAAUAGCGAAAUGUCAAAGCGACGCGAGGCAGAAGCAGAAGCAGAGGCAGAGGCAGCAACUAUAGCAACAAACAGCUCCAUUGAUUUGACGCCCUUUCUGUCCGACAAUCUCCUGAAUAUCAUGCGCAACAUGACGCAGAAGCAGCCGCAGGAUGAGGCAAAGAAGCAGCCACAGGAUGGGGCAAAGAAGCAGCAUCAGGCAGGCGAGGUGGAGUUGCCAGCCGAGGAUAUCGAUGAGCGUGUUCGUUCCAUAUUCAAAGUACACGAUGGCGAAGGUGUGAUGCUUUUUAAUACGACGAGCACGGAAGAUGCACCCUUCAUGCCAUCCAUAUCCACAAUGCUCAGUGAUCAGCCAGCGUCAUCCGAGUCUCAAUCUCAGUCUCAGUAUCAAUCGCAAUUAGAAUCUCAGGCAGAGACGAAGCCCAAGCCCAAGCACUAUCAUCAAUAUCAAAGCUUGAACCAUCAACAACAAUCGUUCAAAGUGCAGAGAUCACCGGAUGGCAAGCUGAAUCUUGUCUUUAACGAUCCACUCGUCUCUUUGCAGCCCACAAACCAGCAGCAGCCACCAAAUCAUCAGCAGCCGGAGCCACUGAGUCCACAAUUGCCGAGGCCAACGCCACGUCGUCCAAUCUCGGACAUUAUCGUGUUUCCCGACUCUAUAGAUAAGUAUCGGCCCACACAGCCCACUCCGGCUGUCAUUGAUACGGGUGAUCAUCAGUGCGUGGAUGGGUUCAAUCAGAGCCGUUCCUUCUGCACCAAGGUCAACAAUUAUCCGGAUUUAUCCGGCCUGAAGGGCAUUUUGUCCCGCAGAUUUGCCAACUUCUUUAGUGACGAGCCACAACCCACGGAUGUGGGACUCCGAAUCAACGACGACGAGCAAUAUUUGUGCAACAGCCAUGUGAGAUACUUGUAUCCCAAACUCGGGCAGAGAUUGGACCUCUCCUGGCAGUAUAUUGUCAAUACGGAUGAGUUCAAGCAGGGCAUACUGAUCGAAGAAUGCGAUCACGAGGGCGAGAGUUGCCAGUUUCUAGACAGUUUUCCCAACAACUAUGUGCCGAUCUGUAAGCAGCAUUAUGUGAUACGUCACCUAGCGACGGUUAACAAUGUGAGCAGUGGUCAACCUGAGGUGGCCAACGAACCCUUCAAGAUACCCUCGUGCUGCAAGUGUGUGAUAAAAAGCAAAUUCUCAGUGGACAGCAGCCCUUGAGAUGCAAACAGCAACGACUCUGGAGCUCAGCCAAUUUCUGCACAUGUGAUUUGAGCAACAAGUUCUACCCACCACAGAAUGGCAGGCCAAACUGUCUAGGGGAAUUUUGUUUAUUAAUUCGUAGACUAGUUGUUUUAUAUGCACAUAAAACAUAUUUUAACAUUACUUACUAUCUAAUAUACUUAUAUCUAAUAUAUAAUGCUGAUAAUACUUGAUUGAAAAGUGCAAAGCUCAUAAAAAAAACAGCCAUCAAUUAAAAAAAUAAUUUAGAAUUAAUUAAUACAUUUUUUAAAUUUUUAACUGACGCUGCGCUUAUGUUAAAAUAUUCGUGUCAUAGAUUCUCAAAUUUGUAUUUUUUAUUUCCAUGUAUAUUUUCUAGUAUAAAUGCAUGUAAUUAGUCUUAGAUUAUGUUUACAAUUAGCUGCAACAAAAAAGAAAUUAAAAAAAAAAUGUUUAAUUACGAAAUGCCAUUUUAAAGUUAUGUUUAAAUAUCACGCACAAAAUAAAAAGAGAUUCUGAAAUAAAUGUUUGUGAGUGUAGAGUUCUUUGAACUCUUGGAAACAUA